AUGUGGUGUGUACACCACGAAAAAUGUCUUAAGGGUGUGGACGAUUUGAUGAUUACACAUUUUCAAGUUCUCUCGAAAAAAGCUUCAAUGGCCAGUGAAUUUUCUUUUAGCACUCCUAUCUUCAUUAGGCUUGAUUUAAACUUAUUUAAUACAUGUAAUUUAUGGGAAAAUGCUUCACUACUUCACUUUUAUCCACCCAAAAAGCAACCAUAA